AUGCCUUUUUUGUUAGUUCUGCUAUUAGUGUCGGUGAUCACCGCACUUGCUUAUUUAUGCUAUAUAAUACACAAAAAGGCCAUCAAUCCGAAGGAAAUUCGUAUAUACAACCUACAGGACGCUAAGAAUCUGCUUACAUUGCCCACUUCGUCAGGUCCACAGCGUUACUUGGCCAAGAUGGCCUAGCGCCCGUAAGUCUUCAAGAUUCAAGCAUAGUCUCAAUUGAAAACAGAUAGCAACCCAUUGCCAUGUGUAAGGGGGGAUGCACGCGAGUAAACAACUGG